UUUUUCACAUGAAGAAAGGCGGAAAUUUUAUUGUCCAUCGCUUGAAUUGCCUUUUCGAGGUUCCGAUUUCGACUGCUCGGUGCUGUCUUGUUAUACAAUGGUGGUGGCUGUCCUAUUGAUAGUCGCUACAUGCUUGAUUGGUUCCGUCUAUCUGCUGAUUAACUAUGCAUGCUCGGGUCACGCAACAUUUGUGCGUAGCAUGAUCUUGAUCAACCACGGCAUUCAUCAAGCUAUUUGGGUGCCGUCAUUACUACGUGUCUAUUUAUUGGGGAUAGCCGAGACCGUGCUUACCGUGAUUUUUAAGCGGGGCUUAUUCGGAGCGCCCUCGUGGCAGUAUUAUCACGAUAAAGUUGAUACGCUCAUUCACACCUAUCGACAACAGCAUGCAGGGAUGCCAGUUCGAACCGUUAUAGUCACAGGUAUCGGUUUUGAGAUUGCUCGUGGUUUGUUAAAGGCCGGUUUCAAAGUGAUUAUUGCUUCUCGUAUGACGGAAGCGGGGAAGCAAGCACAAGACAAAUUGGCAUCUCAUGGGGAUGUACAGUUUAUUCAAAUGGAUCUUUUAUCAUUUAAAAGCGUACAUCAGUUUGUAGACCGAUUGAAAGCAAAAGUCCCCAAAGGCAGCAUUGAUAUUAUGAUUAAUAAUGCGGGCAUCAUGAACACGCCUUGUGCUCUGACGGAGGAUGGAUAUGAAGCACAAUAUCAAACGAACUAUCUUUCGCCUGUUUUGUUGACGAUGCUCGUCCUGCCGUGGAUGGCUGAGGAUGGUCAGAUUCUGUUUGCUUCCAGUUCGACAAUUUACGGCAUAAAUGGUAUAAGCUCUCAGCGAGCCAAUCAAACGUAUCGAUGGGAUGGUCUGUCGCCUUAUGCACACAGCAAACUGUGUCUGGCGCUGUUUGUCCGCACCCUUGCUUGUCAACUAGAGAAAAAACGUUGCCGCAUUCAUGUCCAUGCAUAUCAUCCUGGCACCGUCUGUACGAAAUUAUUCGCUUAUUCAAGCGUGUUCAAGUACCGCAUUUUCCAUCCGCUUUUUGCAUUCAUCAUGCUUACACCAAAAGAAGGCAGUACAACACCCUUGUACCUUUGCUUAUCCACUUUGUCUGACACCAAUGGUCAAUACUGGGCAGAAGGGGUGCCAAUGAAUAUACCCAAUGUAGCCUAUGAUGGUCAAUCGGAUAUUUCCAAAGAAGAACUGGAUCGCAUUUUAUGGAAUCAAACCCUUCGAGCAUGCCAUCUCAAUCCCCGGAUAUUCGAUGCCUAGCUCCGAUUGUCCCAGAUCCCCCGAUACCCAGAUUGCCAUGCAAUAUCUUGUCAUAGAAAAACUAGCCAUCUAAUCAGCACAUCUUUCAACAGAAAUAGCCAUCAUGGAUCAAUGCCAAUAUAUAAGGAUUGAGUAAUACUUUUUAUCAGAUUGUAAAAUACAACAAUCUACAACUGUAUGCUUCUAGAACUGAUUAUAGAUGAGAAAAUAAAAAAUGUCAAUGCA